UGGGGGGCAACCAGAAUCUGCGAGCGUACUGGCCCCACUACCUGAGCCAGGCCCAUGUGCUGGUGUUCGUGGUGGACUCGGUGGACAGGUCGCGCCUGCUGACUGCGCGCCAGGAGCUGCACGCGCUGCUGGCCGCAGAGCCCCGGCUGCCCCUGGUCGUCCGGGCCAACAAGCGGGAUAAGAGCAACGCCCUGAGCACGGCAGAGCUGCGGGAGGAGCUGGCCCUGCACACACUCAGCGGGCAGCGGGAACUCUUCCUCCUGCCCACCAGCGCGACCUGGGACAGCCUGAGCACUGCCACCAGCGUCCUCCGUGUGAAGAGCCUGCUGGUCACCCUGCUCUCCCAGCCCUGA